AUGUCGGACGGGAGCGGAGAAACGUAUGUAGUGAAAUUUGUGGAGCGAAAUGGAGAGAGAAGUCAGCUUGCAGCCAAGGCUUACGAGGCCAUUGUGGAGCUACAGUCAGAGAAGUACGUGCAAACAAUUAGCGAAGACAUGGCGUUGCGACAGCAACACAAAGAGAAGGCUCUGUACGUGUUCAGUGACUUCACAAGCGCUGCUUUCAGGCACUGCAAGGAGCUGGGUUGUCGGAUCGUGAGUCCACAGGUCGUGCUGUUCUGUCUGGAACAGCAGCGGUGUGUUCCCAAGGCAGAAACACCUGUCUACAAUAUGGCCAUGGCUGGAGUCACUGUCACCUGCACCAGCCUGGACAAGGAGGAGCGGGCAGAUGUGAUGGAGCUGGUACUGCGAAUGGGAGGAAGGGUCUAUCGUGAUCUCAACAUAUCUGUCACUCACCUGGUGGCAGGUGAGGUGGGCAGUAAGAAGUACCUGGUGGCUGCCAGCAUGGGGAAGCCCAUCCUGCUGCCCACCUGGGUCAGAGCAUGCUGGGAAAAGUCUCAGGAUGGUCCGUUCCAACACACUGAUCUGAACAUGGAGGAUUACCUGUGUCCUGUGUUCAAAGGCUGUACCGUCUGUGUAACGGGUCUCUCCACAGCAGAGAGACAAGAGGUGCAGAGACUGUGUGAGCAACACGGAGGAAAGUACACGGGUCAGCUGAAGAUGGACGAGUGUACUCACCUCAUCGUCAGUGAGCCUACUGGUCAGAAGUAUGAAUGUGCCCGUAAGUGGAAUGUAUAUUGUAUAUCGAUACACUGGCUGUUUGACAGUAUUGAGAAGGGCUACUGUCAGGACGAGAGCCGUUAUCAGGUGGGCAGAGGGGCCAAGAAGACAGGACGCCCGACCACUUCCACCCCAACCGGCACCAACAGUAAAGAGGAUGGUCCUUCACUGCUUGGACUAAGCCACAUCUCCAAUGUCAGCGCAACGGUCAACGACACAGCCGUCACCACAGCAACCAUCAGUCGGUUAGAAACACCUGAUCCGAUCGACACGUUUGACAUCACGGUCUGCCCAGCCGAUGACUUGCUGGACGGCUGUAAGCUGUACCUGUGUGGCGUGACGGGGAAAAGGCUGGAGAGGCUGCGUCGCCUGGUGAACAGCGCCGGAGGUCUCCACUUUAACCAGCCCAGCGAGGAGCUCACGCACGUCGUCAUGGGAGACGCCGUCCAGGACAUCCAGGACUUUCUGAACAAAGCCACGCACAGGCCUCAUAUAGUGACAGUGCAGUGGCUGUUGGAUACGUUCUCCAGGGGUUCUCAUCUCCCAGAGGAGGGCUACUUCCACCCCUCUUUCCUUCCUCCCGCUCCAGCGACCCUCGACCUCCCACCCCCCCGCACGGCUGCCCCUCGCCCCGCUAAACCCUCUGCCGCCCCAGCUCCAGACCCAGGCCCCACCACACACAGGAAAGAAGAGGAAGACCUGCUGUCUCAGUACAUGGAGACAGACCAGACUGUGGUGGAGAUGCCUCAGGUCUCUGACAGCACCAGUAGGAGGCAGAGUGCCGCGGAACCAGAACCGGGUCCGGUGGUACCGGUAGCAGCCCCAGAACAAGAGACCACGUUGCAGGAGGCCUCUGGGGUGGGCCUGUUUUCUGGGAAACGGUUCCUCCUGGUGGGUUUCGGAUCCGAGGCAGAGGCCCAUCUCUCUACGCUGGUGACGGACAACUCUGGGAAGAUCCUGAGCGGCCGGUCCAGGGCUGUGGCAGAUUACGCCAUUGUUCCACUUCUGGGCUGUGAGGUUGAAGCUACCGUGAGCGAGGUUGCCACGGAUACUUGGCUGGCCAUGUGUGUGGAGCAGCAGUGUCUUCUGAGUCUGGUCUCCCAUCCUUUUUUCACUCCGGUGGCAGUGAGGGAAGGCUGCUCUCCUCUCUCAGGCUGCGUGCUCUCAGUCAGUCAGUUCACCGGAGCCGAGAGAGAGUCCCUCAUACAACUGGCCAAACACCUGGGCGCAAGUGUGCAGGACUACUUUGUGCGUACAGCCAACCAGCGUAAGGGAAUGUUGGCCAGUACCCACUUGGUUCUCCAGACCCCGGAUGGCACCAAGUACCAGGCGGCGCAGAAGUGGGCUUUGCCCGCGGUCACUUUGCGUUGGAUCCUGGACUCUGCCCAGACGGGCAAACGCGCUGACGAGAAGCGAUACCUGGUCAACGUGCCGCCAGAGCCUAUUGAAGAGGGUAUCAUAGGGGGGUCCCAGCAGCCCCCCAUGCCCACAGCGUCAGCCCCAGAGCCCCAUGCUGAGAAUAUGUUCAUGUCCCCCGUCAGUCCUCUGAGAGUCGAGCAGAUGAAGAGCCGGAUCAUGCGCUCAGCCCUGAGACGAGCCCAGGCCAAGACAUACGAACCCAAGUACGAGGAAGGCCCCAUGGGUGUGCGCUACAUGCUGCCCCCCAGCCCUCUGGACGUUGACCGACUGCAGAGCAAGACCAUGCGCUCCUUACUGAGACAAGGCCAGAGGAGAGACGAAGGGUCUGCAGACGCGGCCACGCCCGUCCAGGACAAGAACGCAAAGACCCCGCGGACCGAAUCGCCCUUUGAGAUGGAGUCUCCUUCAGUCUAUCUUACGCGCGGUAAACUCUUCAGACCCUGUUUUGACCUUCAGGCCAUGCGGGAUGCUGUAGCUCAGAUGAAAACCCCUGAGUCCAAAGCACAGCCGGGUCAGGGGGAGUCCACGCCCUGGUCUGAGCUCAUCGACAGGAACCUGACGGCGGGAGUGGCCAACACCGCACGCAGACGCACGGCCACACUCUCCGCUCUGUCCGCCAGCCCUCAGCUCGACAAAGAACCGCAGCACACGACUGAGGAGGAGGCUGUCGGUCCGUUGCAUGGAGUGGUAGUCUGCGUGAGUGCCAAGCUGAGUAAGAAGCAGGGGGAGCUCAACGCGGUGGCGGCUUCGCUGGGUGCAGACUACAGGUGGGCUUGUGACGACUCAGUAACUCACUAUAUCUACAAUGGCAAAGUGGGCGACAACAGCAAAGAGUACAGAGCCGUGAAGGACAGAGGACUUCACAUUGUCUCUGAGUACUGGCUACAGGCGUGCGCUGAGGAGCAGAAGCACGUGUCUGAAUCUUUAUACCCUUUCACCUUUAACCCCAAAAUGAGCUUGACACUCAGCCAAGUGACGGGCAGCACCCAGAAAUCACCCCCUCGUUCCACACCACGCACCCGACUCAGAAGCUCCGCCAAGGAAGCUGAGCAACAGAAGCUCCCUGUUGAAGACAAUGUCAUGGACAUCUCAACCCCUGAGAGAACAAAUGUAGGAGAACCUGAUGAAGAUGGACCAGAUCAGGACCAAACCACUGCAGAAAGGAAAGAUCUAACAGAGACUCUAGAGAUGAGGGAGAGUCUUCAGCGGCAGCUGCAGGAGAUCAUGUCGGCCACUGCGUUGACUAACGGUCGCCGCUCCUCCGUGGGGCGGGACUUGCGUCCUCACACGUUGGACAGCCUCCGCCGAUCAGGCCGCAGAACUCGUGCCCUGGAGGCUUUGCGGUUGUCCCGGCAGGCGCCCGUGGACCAGAACACGGAGGCUUCUCAGACCGAGCAGAUCGUCUGGGACGAUCCGACGGCGCGCGAGGAAAGAGCCAAACUGGCCGAUAACCUGCAGUGGCCUGGAAGCCCCUCCCAACACUCGGACCCCCUCCCCCCCGUCUCCCUCACUCACACAGAGCAGCCCCCACACACCCACAGCUCCAUGACCGACUCUGAACUGGUCGAACUGGCGGCCUGUGAUGUCAUUGAUGAGCAGAUGGGGCAAAGGGUCACCCCGCCCAGGGUCAACUCAGAAUCCAAAAUCCUCACUCCUGAAGCCCCUAGUAUAGCUUUCCCUCUCCCUAAAGCUGCAGCUCCACCUCAACCACAGGAAGAAGAGGAGGAGGAGGAGGAAAAGGAGGAAGAGAGUGAGAGGAAGGCGAAUCGACCUCCGCCUCGGUUCCAGCUCUCCUCACUGAACCCUCAGGAGCGGAUUGACUACAGUCAUCUGAUAGAACAGCUGGGUGGCGUGGUCCUGGAAAAGCAGUGCUUUGACCCCAGCUGUUCUCACAUCAUCGUGGGAUAUCCUCUGAGGAAUGAGAAGUACCUGGCUGCCAUGGCAGCGGGGAAAUGGAUCCUGCAUCGCUCCUAUCUGGAGGCCUGCAGAGCCGCCGGCUGCUUCAUCCAGGAGGAGGAUUAUGAGUGGGGUAGCAGCUCCGUGCUGAAUGCUCUGCCAUCUAUCAGUAAUCAGCAGAAGAGACUGGCUCUCUCAGCCCUGCGCUGGAGAAAGGCCCUGCAGCGUCGAUCUGACACUGAGGGGGCGUUCAGUGGCUGGACCGUCAUGCUGAACGUUGACCAGGCCAGAGAGGCCGGCUUCAGACGACUCCUGCAGUCUGGAGGGGCAAAGGUGCUGCCCGGCCCCUCUCCGUCUCUGUAUAAGGAGACCACUCACCUGUUUGUGGACUUCAGUCGGCUGAAGCCUGGAGACAUCAGGGUGGACGUGGGAGAGGCGGCGGCUCUGGGAGUGAAGUGUCUGAAGCCAGAGUACAUCGCAGACUACCUCAUGCAGGAACCUUCUCCUCCAAUGGAGGCGUACUACUUACUGGGAGCUGGUCAGAGUGAACCGCAGAAUGACAGAGAACGUGGACAAGUCACCCCAGUGCAGAAACGCAAGGCCUCCGAAGACACAUCUUCUCAUAAAAAGAGUCGACUGCGAUAG